AUGAAGGUUCAGCUUUUCCCCGAGCUGGCGCCAGGCCGGGCACGGAAAAUGCUCCAGGUGCUCCCGGUUCGUCACGGAGCUGAGGAAGGAGCUGCUUACAAAACCGUGUCAGGUGUGAACGGGCCCCUGGUUAUCCUGGACCAGGUCAAGUUCCCCAGGUACGCCGAGAUCGUGCACCUGACCCUGCCCGAUGGCACCAGGAGGAGUGGGCAGGUGCUGGAAGUCAGUGGCUCCAAAGCUGUGGUUCAGGUAUUUGAAGGCACUUCAGGGAUUGAUGCCAAGAAAACCUCCUGUGAGUUCACCGGGGACAUCCUGAGGACCCCAGUCUCAGAGGACAUGCUUGGCAGAGUGUUCAAUGGAUCAGGAAAACCCAUAGACAGAGGCCCCAUUGUCUUGGCUGAGGAUUUCCUGGACAUCAUGGGCCAGCCAAUCAACCCCCAGUGUCGGAUCUACCCAGAGGAAAUGAUCCAGACUGGCAUUUCAGCCAUAGAUGGCAUGAACAGCAUUGCCAGGGGCCAGAAAAUCCCCAUUUUCUCAGCUGCUGGGCUGCCCCACAACGAGAUUGCAGCUCAGAUCUGUCGCCAGGCUGGCUUGGUGAAGAAAUCCAAAGAUGUGAUGGAUUACAGCGAGGAGAACUUUGCCAUUGUCUUUGCUGCCAUGGGGGUGAACAUGGAAACCGCUCGCUUCUUCAAGUCGGACUUUGAGGAGAACGGCUCCAUGGACAAUGUGUGCCUGUUCCUGAACCUGGCCAACGACCCCACCAUCGAGCGCAUCAUCACUCCCCGCCUGGCCCUGACCACGGCUGAGUUCCUGGCCUACCAGUGUGAGAAACACGUGCUGGUCAUCCUGACAGACAUGAGCUCCUACGCCGAGGCUCUCAGAGAGGUGUCAGCAGCUCGGGAGGAGGUGCCUGGCCGCCGUGGCUUCCCCGGCUACAUGUACACGGACCUGGCCACCAUCUACGAGCGCGCCGGGCGCGUGGAGGGCAGGAACGGCUCCAUCACCCAGAUCCCCAUCCUCACCAUGCCCAACGACGAUAUUACUCAUCCCAUCCCUGACUUGACUGGGUACAUCACUGAGGGACAGAUCUACGUGGACAGGCAGCUGCACAACAGGCAGAUUUACCCCCCCAUCAAUGUCCUGCCCUCCCUGUCCCGGCUGAUGAAGUCGGCCAUCGGCGAGGGGAUGACCAGGAAGGACCACGCCGAUGUGUCCAACCAGCUGUACGCCUGCUACGCCAUCGGCAAGGACGUGCAGGCCAUGAAGGCCGUGGUGGGCGAGGAGGCGCUGACCUCGGACGACCUCCUGUACCUGGAGUUCCUGCAGAAGUUCGAGAAGAACUUCAUCGCUCAGGGGCCCUACGAGAACCGAACCGUCUACGAGACCCUGGACAUCGGCUGGCAGCUGCUCAGGAUCUUCCCCAAGGAGAUGCUCAAGAGGAUCCCCCAGAGCACUCUGGCUGAGUUCUACCCUCGGGAUGCCAAGCACUAGCCUGGCUCCCUGCUCCCCUGCUGCCUGAGAUGCUGGUUUGGUUUCCUUUUCCAUGUGUUGGUGUUUUUUCCCCGUCGCCCUCCCAGCUCCAGCCAGCAGCAGGUGACGCUUGUGGCAGUGUUCCCACUGAAAAUAUCCCUUCUCCCAAAGCCUGGCUCUCCAGGAGGCUGUUUAGGCCAGCUUUAAAAAUGUGCAAUAGCCACCGUGAGGUUUGGGUUUUGAAAGGAGCUUUUUGUGGGGUUCUCAAAGGCUGGGCAUGACCAGAAAUUGCAAAUCUUCACUUCCAAACCGAAAACACGAGGCAGGAGGUGUGACUUGCAGGACAACGUUCCUCGGCGAAAAAUGCAGGGUUUUGAGCAGAGCUGCACAUUCUGAAGGGUUUGUGUGAACUGAGGACGGGGAGGUGACACUGGGGAACAAAGGUGGAAAAAUCCUCAUCCUUUCAGAGGACAAAGGCCAGUGAGGUGCUACCUGAAAGCUUAAAUACUGAAUUGCAGGUUCAAAAUUCAAGUUUGCAGGGUAGAUUUCCUCCCUCACCCUUUUUUGGUUGAAUUCUGGAGAUGCCAAACAGAGCCAGCAGCUCAGUCUGAGCUCAGGAGUGUCACCACAGCUGUUGGUGCUUCAAGGCUUUGUGCUGCUGCUGAAGGGGAUCCUGAGAGGUGAAAACCAACCUGAAACCUGGCCCAGGUGAGCUCAGCUCUUCAACCGCGGCCUGCACUCCAGCAGGCAAGAGGAGUUGAUAAAAAAGGCAGCUUUCAAGGUGAGAAGGGAUAUUUCCAAGCUGCUGGAGGUGUGCUGGGCCCGUGCCACGGCUGGAGCUGCUGUGGUUUGCGCUCCAGGCGCGGAUCUGCCCCGGCCCUGAGCUCGGCAUUGCCCAACCCUGCGGUCUGGGCUGGGCAGCUCCGUGCUGCUCCUUUUCCAGCGGCUUCAGCCGAGGCUCCGGGGCUGCUGCUGCUGCUGCUGGCACAACUCCACGCUUUUCCCAGGCUUUUCCUGUAGUCUGAGCCCUGCUCUGGCUCACCAGAGCAUGUUGCACCUCCCUGCACGCCUUGGGGCCGUCUGGGAAGGUGCUAACGUGACUGGAAUGUGCCAAUUCCAGCUUUCCCCGACAUCUCCCAUGUGCAGUUCUCUGGUUUGUUCCGUGUUCUCUGUGGCUGCAACAGCAACUUUAUUCCAGUGCAUUCCACCCAAAGCUGUGUCCAGUCUCUUUUCCCCCCCCAGGUCAGGAUGGGAGGCAUGAAAAUACUUUAAUGUAGAGAAUCUCUAAAUAAAUUAAAUAUGGAAGGUG